AUGCGGUCUGAUAGCGACACGGAUAGUGGCACUCUGCCACCUCCAUCGACCAACGAGAAGAAGGCUCUUCCGCCGAGCUCUGGGUCUUAUUCAGCUGGCACGACCACCGAGAAAGAAUGGACGAAGCAUGAAGAUGCUGCUGAUCAGGAAACUCGAAUGAACGACGAGGUUCUGCAGCUCGCCCGCAGAUACACGACGCAAUCGAACGCCGCCCCUGGUUCUCUCUUCCCAGUCCCCGCCGAAGGCCCUUUGAACCCCAGCAGCCCCGACUUCAACGCAAGAAAGUGGGCAAAGGCGUUCUACAACAUCCGUACCGAUACCUCGGAGGGCAACCCACCAAAGACAACGGGAAUCGCCUUCAAGAACCUCAAUGUCUUUGGCUAUGGCACAUCCACCGACUACCAGAAGAGCGUUGGCAACGUCUUCCUCGAGGCGGCGAGCUUGGUGAAGAAGCUCACGGGUGCAAAAGAGCAACGCAUUGAUAUCCUCCACGACCUCGAGGGCGUCGUCCACAGCGGCGAGAUGCUUGCCGUUCUCGGCCCCCGCCCGGGUCCGGUUGGCAUCCAGCCCAAGGAUAUGCGCACUGCUUUCAGGGGCGAGGCCAUUUACACCGCCGAGGUCGACGAGCAUUUUGCCCAUUUGACUGUUGGAGACACCUUGUACUUUGCAGCCCGUGCCAGAUGCCCGAAGAACAUCCCCGAGGGCAUAUCCAGACGGGAGUACGUCGAGCACCUCCGCGAUGUGACUAUGGCCAUGUUUGGCAUCCACCAUACGAAGAACACCCGGGUUGGAGACGACUUCGUUCGUGGAGUCUCAGGAGGAGAGAGGAAGCGAGUCACCAUCGCGGAGGCUGCUUUGAGUUAUUCGCCGCUGCAGUGCUGGGAUAACAGCACGAGAGGUCUUGACAGCGCCAACGCCCUCGAGUUCUGCCGCACUUUGAGAACGCAAGCUGAUACUAUGGGCUGCACGUCGUGCGUUGCCAUCUAUCAAGCUUCCCAAGAUGCCUACGAUGUCUUUGACAAGGUCGUCGUCCUAUAUGAAGGCCGCCAAAUUUACUUCGGCAAGACAACCGAAGCCCAAGCCUACUUCGAGGGCUUAGGCUUCAUCUGCCCAGAGCAACAAACAACAGCCGACUUCCUCACCUCAAUGACCAGCCACCAGGAGCGCGUCAUCCGCCCCGGCUGGGAGGGCAAGACGCCGCGCAGCCCCGACGACUUUGCCCGCGCCUGGAAAGCAAGCCAGCACCGCGCCCGCCUCCUCGAAGACGUCGAAGACUACCUCCAGCGUCACCCCUUUGGUGGCGAGCACUACCAAAACGAGGAUGACUCUGAGGGUGUUGCGGGCAUGGAGAAGCAGACUUCGGUCUUCCACUGGAAGGAUGUCUGCUACGAUAUCAAGAUCAAGGGCGAGCCUCGACGGAUUCUGGACCACGUAGACGGCCGGGUUAAGCCUGGAACUCUGACUGCACUUAUGGGCGUUUCUGGAGCUGGCAAGACCACCUUGCUCGAUGUCCUCGCGACCCGCGUAACAGUGGGCGUCAUCUCCGGCGACAUGCUAGUCAACGGCCAACCCCGUGACGACUCCUUCCAGCGAAAAACGGGCUACGUCCAACAACAAGAUCUCCACCUCCAUACCUCCACCGUCCGCGAAGCCCUCAACUUCAGCGCCCUCCUCCGCCAGCCAGCCAACUACACCCGCAAGGAAAAGCUCGAGUACGUCGACACCGUCAUCGGCCUCCUCGGUAUGGAAGAAUACUCCGACGCUGUCAUCGGCGUGCCCGGCGAAGGCCUCAACGUCGAGCAGAGGAAGCGUCUCACCAUUGACGUCGAAUUUGCCGCUCGCCCGCAGCUCCUCUUACUCCUCGACGAGCCUACUUCCGGUCUCGAUAGCCAGACCUCGUGGUCGAUUUGCAACCUCAUGGAGAAGCUUACCAAGAGCGGCCAGGCUAUCUUGUGCACCAUCCAUCAGCCCUCGGCGAUGCUGUUCCAGCGUUUCGACAGGCUGAUUCUGCUCGCCCGUGGUGGCCGUACCGUUUACUUUAGAGAGAUUGGCAAGAAUUCGCAGACGUUGGUUGAUUACUUUGUCCGCAACGGUGGGCUGGAGUGCCCGCCUGGCGCGAAUCCCGCAGAGUACAUGCUCGAGGUCAUCGGUGCCGCGCCCGGUGCUCAUACCGACAUUGACUGGCCCGCCGUCUGGCGUCAAACACCCGAGUACCAGUCUGUUCAGUAUGAGCUGACCAGAUUGUGCUCGGGUGGUCCUGCGCGACCUGCCCUGGCUGAUGGUCAAGACCAGUCUACUUACAAGGAGUUUGCCGCCGGCUUUAGUACGCAAAUUCUUGCCGGGCCAAACGACCUUCCAGGUUUUUGGAUCUUCAUGUACCGCGUCAACCCCUUCACCUACGUGGUGGAAGGCUUCCUGGGCACAUCGCUUGCCAACGCCGCGGUGCACUGCGCCUCCAACGAGUUCGUCUCUUUUGCGGCGCCGAGCGGGCAGACGUGCGGCCAGUACAUGUCCGACUACAUCUCCGCUGCCGGCGGCUACCUCUCAAACCCGGAUGCCGUCAACGGGGCCGAGGAGUGCCAGUACUGCGCCGUGUCAGAUACCAACACGUUUUUGAAGGGGAUCAAUGUCGACUUUGACCACCGAUGGAGGAACUUUGGGCUGAUGUGGGCGUACUGCAUCUUCAACAUUGUCGUGGCUGCGCUCGUGUACUGGCUGGUGCGCAUGCCUAAGAACAAGAAGGUCAAGAAGGAGUAGUUGUGGCGUGACUAGUGUUUCUUUUGUGGUAGAAACUGGACGGAAUGUACAUUUCCAAGUUAUUAGAGAGGAGGAACAUUGUUAGAUCCAGGGUUGGCGCUAGAGGUUUUCUUGCUGCGCUUUGCAGGGCAUUUCAGAUCGCUACAGACUUAAUCGCAAUAUUUAAU